GCGCAGACGGAGCGCGCUGAGCGGAGGGGGAGGUGGCCGGCUGCUUCUCCCGCGUCCGCCAUUUUGUUGCUGUGGCUCUUGGGAACGGGCUGGGCAAAACCGCCCGGGAGGCGAGACGCUCCUUGGAGUCCGGUGCUUCGCGUGGCGGCGGAGGCCGGUGCAGAGCCGUAGGGGCGCGAGGCCGGCGCGUUCCAGGUCAAGAGUGACUGGAGGCACCACUGGUACGCCGGGCAGUCCGAGAACCCCGGGGCGGCCUCCGCGGCGGCUCAAGCUUCGCCCGCCCCGACCCAGGGCUCUGCCUUGCAUUCCCCGAGCCGGCUUCCUCCGUGAGGCAGCCCCGGAGCAGGCGGGCGGCGGCGGCGGAGGAUGCUGCGGGCCCGGAGCCGAGAGGAAGGUGCUGGCUCGGCCCUCUAAGCGCGCCUCGAGGUGUGCCGAGGCCCCUCUUCGGCCCCAAGGCCGUCUGUCGGGCAGAGGCGUCUAGAGCAGGCGAGAGCAGCCGCAGGGCUCCGGUCCGACACCAUGUCCUCCGCCAGGUUCGACUCCUCAGACCGCUCCGCCUGGUACAUGGGGCCGGUGUCGCGCCAGGAGGCGCAGACCCGGCUCCAAGGCCAGCGCCACGGCAUGUUCCUGGUCCGCGACUCCUCCACCUGCCCCGGGGACUAUGUGCUGUCCGUGUCCGAGAACUCGCGCGUCUCCCACUACAUCAUCAACUCGCUGCCCAACCGCCGUUUUAAGAUCGGGGACCAGGAGUUUGAUCACUUGCCGGCCCUGCUGGAGUUCUACAAGAUCCAUUACCUGGACACCACCACCCUCAUCGAGCCCGCGCCCAGGUAUCCGAGCCCACCAAUGGGAUCUGUAUCAGCACCCAGCCUGCCUACAGCAGAAGAAAAUCUGGAAUAUGUACGGACUCUCUAUGAUUUUCCUGGGAAUGAUGCCGAAGACCUGCCCUUUAAGAAGGGUGAGAUCCUGGUGAUAAUAGAGAAGCCUGAAGAACAGUGGUGGAGUGCCCGGAACAAAGAUGGCCGGGUUGGGAUGAUUCCCGUCCCUUAUGUUGAAAAGCUCGUGAGAUCCUCACCACACGGAAAGCAUGGAAAUAGGAAUUCCAACAGUUACGGGAUCCCAGAACCUGCUCAUGCAUAUGCUCAACCUCAGACCACAACUCCUCUACCUGCAGUUUCCACUACUCCUGGGGCAGCGAUCAACCCUUUGCCAUCCACACAGAACGGACCUGUCUUUGCAAAAGCAAUCCAGAAACGAGUACCCUGUGCUUAUGACAAGACUGCCUUGGCAUUAGAGGUUGGUGACAUUGUGAAAGUCACAAGGAUGAAUAUAAAUGGCCAGUGGGAAGGCGAAGUGAAUGGGCGCAAAGGGCUUUUCCCCUUUACACACGUCAAAAUCAUUGACCCUCAAAACCCGGAUGAAAAUGAGUGAUUGCUGUUGCCCUGUUUCCUGCUGCUUCGUUGUUCUGCCUGUCAUAGUCUCCUUUGAAGUGGGAAAGCAUUUUCUCAUAGGCAAGUUACACUGCGUUGCUGGCGUCCAGCUUUCUGCAGACUGACGGUCUCUCAUACACAUUUGGAAUGCACACAGUGGCUGCCUCGGCAUUUGUAUCAUAGUCGUAUUGUCAAAGAAUAGCUGAUUUUAGAGUUCUUUUGGAUCAUAAACUGGAAAUACUAGUGGAAGCACACAAGUGGAGAGAAGUUGACGAGGAAAGGGUCUUCCUUCUCAUCACUGCCCUGUUUGUACUUGUGACUGAUUCUGUCAUGUUCGUCGGAGAAAACUUGAGGCCAUGGCGAGACAUUGCACGUUGCUGUUCCACAAAGCAGUGGCUCUGUCACCAUUUUGUUUUUCCUUUGAGGAACAGAGGAAAGGAACCUUAAAGACAGGGAAUUCUGUUUUAACUCCCCAAAUCUGGCUUUUGUUUUGGUUUGGUUUUGGAAGAUUUAACUAAUAAGAAUUGUGUGUUCUGAACAGAUUUUUAAGUGGCAGGUUGGAUUUUUGUGAUAAUACAAGGAAUGACACGUGCCUCUGGGCUUCUAAACUGAAGCUUCUGUAACUAAAGGAAUAUGAAAAAAAGCAGCCCCGAAGUGGAGGCCUUUAUCGUCCAUGUCGCCAGUAGUACCUUGUGUAUAGCAGGUGUGGUGUGCCAAGCCGUGUGCACAGCCUCUUGGAUUACAUCGUCCCCAGAAGCAUGAGAGUGGUGGGUGACUUGGGAAACCUUUGCUUGCCUUGUUUGCCAGGGACAGGAGCAGCGGGGGGAGCACUUGGCCGCUUUUCUGUCCAAUGUUGCAGUGAAUAUACCUUUAGGGUGUAGGUGUAAAAAGCUUGUUCAUAGAAUCAUUGAAUUCGUGAGGAAUGAAUCUUUGAACUCCACUCGCUGCAGCCCAGUCCUCCCUGCCCCAGCCUCACCAGGCGGCCAGAGAAGGAAGGUGCUGCUGAUGCCGCUUCCACAGUCUGUGUCCCUGAUGCUCCCAAGCAAAGCAAAUGCACGCUCUGGAAAUUGGGUGAUACAUUUGAUGUCUAAUGUUUUUCCUGACUUGGGAGAACCAUUAACCAGUUUACCAUUAACCAUUUACCAAUUGAAUGUUAAAAUUUCCCUGUUAGCUAAAAGAGGUGUGUUCAUAGAAGCUGCCUGGUGCAAUUUGUGACCAAUCCCUCAUCUGCUGGAUAGCAGACUAGAAUUCUGGAACCUUCAUGCAGUUCAGUCUGCUUUCCCCCAGACACUAGUGAAGACAGGCCUCCGCUCAGAAUGACUAUAACAGACCUAGAAAUGUAGCAGCAACCUAAUGAGUAACUCUGUCCUUUACUGAGCAUCUGUUCUAUGUGGCCCUGUCUCCCGAGGGGCUUAGGUUUUGAGGGUUAGAGCAAUAUAUUCUGGUGACAGAACCAAACAACUGUUUUUCAAUUUCUCUUUAAACCAGUGUUCCAUAUUAAAGAAUCUUGAGAGUGUUCCUUUGACAAAGUGAAUGGUCCGUUGGAAACAUCACUGUGGCUGCCCUUCUGUGGUUUUCCUAAAAAAGGCUUAGUGAUCAGCCCUUCAUACUCAGUGAGAACUGUGCCCACCUCCUGCUCCAAAGGUGCCUGUUGAUCACAGUUGCCUCUUGUUCUGAGUUUAGGCCCAGCCUGGUGCCCACAAGAAGUGGCACGUGUGGCAGGAUCCCCACACCCUGCCUGGCAACGCUUGCCUGGCAGCUAGUGACCCAACCCCUGAGGGGGUGUCUAGCAGAGGUGGAAUAUGUGCCUCUUUCAAAGAGGGCACAAACCCUAAGGUCUUUUUAAACCAAAUUUAGCUGAAAGGCUUGUCACCUUUUGAUGACAGUAGUUAGCAUAGAGCACGGGAGGUAUAUGGCCAUUUUGGAAAGCAGUUUCCUUUCACCGUGUCUACUAACCAGUAUAGCAAGACCUCCCUCAGGUGGAGCACUUCAGAGUCAGAACACCCCGCAAACCUAGGUUUGGCUUCAUCCUAAGUCUGCUUAUCUCUUAAGCCCAUGUGCAUGUCUCCAUGUUUAUGGGCUCCAGGUUCGGAACCCAAAAGAAGGUGAGUCUGAGUUCUAAACUCUCAAGAUAGGUGCCAAAGGUAGUACCUUUCUGACUUUGAACCACAUUCGUUUUUUAAUCAGGCAGGGAAGUUCUCUUUUUCACACUAAAUAUACAAAAAAACCCCACACCCCCACUUCGGCUUUGUGCCCAGUGGUCUGGGGAGACAACUUCAGAAAGCAAUGCAGAUUUUCCCGAGGAGCUGCCUUCACUCCUCACGGGUUUUGCUUUUAGGAUUGUUCAUGACUGCUAUGUGCUCUGCUCUACUGUGUGUCGUUUAAAAAAAUAUUUGGAUGUUAAAUUAACACUUAGGAAGUGAACAAAGUCCGUACUGAAGGGCAUUGAGAGUUUGAUUCAAAACUUACUUAUCCCAAGAAGGCCCUCCAACACAGGAGGCGUCCUUGUCAUUUCUGUGCGGGGUAGUACCACCUGAUGACUUAGUUAACGAAGAGGAGGACGCAUUGACUGGCUGCCAUUGGACGACUUUGGUCACCCAGAUGAGACACCUUCUAUGCUCCUGGUUGGAGAACAAAGGAGGGAAGGGCAGCUGCUCCGUCUUUGGAGCUCAGCAUCCCUGGAAGUGCGCUCACCUUCUCCUACAGCUGUUUACAGACAAGGCGGGCCCGGACAGACGGCCACUGCUCUUGCAAUGUUUGCUCAGAGGAACGGGAACAUUUUACUUUUGAAAAGGGAUGAUGUGUUUUUGUGCCAGGUGUUUAUAAUUUAAUCCUUUAAUACUACGUUCAUUAACCUCUUAAAAUGAGUGAAUUCUUGAUUGAUUUAACACAGUACCUAAGACUAAUGCUUUCUGUGGACACCACUGAGCUCUGCCUCAAACUCCAUCCACCCUCUGGGACAAGAGACCUACGUCCCUGGUAACUUCUGUCAGCAUGGACACUGACCUGGUUGUAUAUUCUAAAAGAGUAAAAGGACAUUUCUCUGAGACAGGGUCGUUGUCUCUACAGGAGGAACAGUGGCCUUGCUUCUAGACGGUCUUCACUGUGUGUUUUAAACCACCACCACCACAAAACUCUCUUGACCUGUAACUUAAAGAUCAUAAACUUCAGGCAAUAAUAUUUUCUGUGUAAGCUUUUAAAAUUAUUUUUGGGGAUCAUAGCUUGUUUUAUUUUGUGCUAUAAAAUUAACAGUAUUAAAUGACUUAUAUUCUUAGAAUACAUUGAGUGUCUUUUCUUAACAGAUUAGUGCCUUUUUAUUUUUGUAUUCCAUUUUACGUUACUGGUCCCAGCAUCAGAACCCUUGUUUCCAUGGCCUGUUUGUACAUUGUCUCAAUAAAACUUGCAUCAGCCGGUGGCGACGGCGGCUUUGGUGUUUCGGUGUCUCCUCAGUGGUGCCUGGAGGCGCUCUGCCCCCCCAGCAGUUAAGCAUCUGGUGAAACACUUGGUGCUUCUCCAAGGAUUCGACCUGCCAUUCAGCCGUGCUACUGCUGACCACAAAAUAGAAUGGGAUCCUGCACUGGCCCUUCCCCACACUUGGGGCCUCCCUACAAAAGAGAAGCAGUUGGUUCCAGGUGUGCGAGCACAGCGGGUGCUGUAGGGGGGGCUGGUGCUCAGUCUUGGCCUUCUGAGGAUGAGGCAAUGGUUGCCACACUUUGCACCACCAAGGAAAACUUGGAUGUUUUCCCUUCUAGGCACCCAUAUCUGAAGGCUUCUAUUAAAUUGUUAAAUAUUUGUUCAACACGAGCUAGCCAGGGUUGAAUGGUUUCAAGUGGAAGUCAUGGAAAAUGAGCAGCCUCUUCCCAGGUCAGGGUGCAUCUGUCUGGCUUUCUUAAAUCCUUUUCUGUUCCUGUCUGUAUCUGGCCCUCCUGAUGAACUCUGGGGACCUUCAGGUGGACACCUUGAGGUGUUUGGGGCCCACAGACGUCCCCUCAGCCAGAGCCCUGUUCCCACUCCUAUUUGUGUGUGUAUUGAGACGUCCAGAUUGCCUUGUAAAACCUCCAGAAAUGAGUUUUGGGAAGUGACACCAAUCCAUAUUUAUACAGAACUGUGCUGCUAAAAUGUACUCCCUGGCUCUACUUUCAGGAUUCUGCAGAAUUUAAGAGAGAAUUUUGUCUUGAAUGGGAAUAUCAAAACUGUCAUCAUUGUAAAAUAAACAAUGCACCAGACACCUUUGAAAAAUA